GGAUAGAGAGAGAGGGGCCGUCCUACGUCACUCGGCCCUCCCUGUCUCAGCAGCAGCAGCAGCAGCAGCCCGCCACAUAGCAGCACCGCCGCGGCAGCAGGUCCAGAGAGGCGGAAGAGACUCAUCCCCACCUCCAGUCCAGGCCCAGUGGAUCGAUACCCAAAACCCAGACCGCGUCGUUAGGCCUCACUCAAGCGAAAUAGCCUUGAAAUAUCUGCUCUAUACUCUGCGAUUUGUGAGCGGCAGAGGACUCGAAAUGCUUCAAUGUCUGAGUAGCAGUUCGUGUGUGCGCCUGGUCCAGACUCAUAGGUCGACAUGGUAUUUUUUAUUUCUAGUGUUGGGUUAUUUUCUGUAUCUUAUCUUCGGCGCGGUGGUGUUCUCCUCGGUCGAGCUGCCGUACGAGGACCUCCUGCGACAGGAGUUGCGGGCGGUCAAAAAGCAAUUCCUCCAGGAGAAUCCGUGUUUGACUGAAGAUCGGCUGGAAAAGUUUUUAGAGAAAGCCCUGGAAGCCAGUAAUUAUGGGGUGUCCGUCCUCAAUAACGCGUCGGCCAACUGGAAUUGGGACUUCACCUCUGCGCUGUUUUUCGCCAGCACCGUGCUGUCCACCACAGGCUACGGCCACACCGUGCCGCUGUCCGACGGCGGCAAGGCCUUCUGCAUCAUCUACUCGGUGAUGGGCAUCCCCUUCACCCUCCUCUUCCUCACCGCUGUGGUGCAGAGGAUCAUGGUCUUCAGCACGCAUCGGCCCGUCAUGUACAUCCACACCCAGUGGGGUCUCUCAAAGUCCUUCGUGGCCGUGGUCCACGCCACCCUGCUGGCCACCGUGGCCGUCACCUGCUUCUUCUUCGUCCCCGCCAUCAUCUUCUCAGCGCUGGAGGGCAACUGGAACUUCCUGGAGUCCUUCUACUUCUGCUUCAUCUCCCUCAGCACCAUCGGCCUGGGAGACUACGUACCGGGAGAGGGGUCCAACCAGAGGUUCAGAGAGCUCUACAAAGUGGGCAUCACCGUGUACCUACUGCUGGGGCUGGUGGUGAUGCUGGUGGUACUGGAGACCUUCUGCGAGCUGCAGCAGCUGAAGCAGCUGAGGAAGAUGUUCUACCUGAGGAAGCAGAAGCCCCAGGACCGCCUGGCCAUCCUGGAGCACGACCAGCUGUCCUUCACCACCACCGUCGUCGCCACUCCGUCGUACGAGGACAAAACCCGCCACUUUCUCGGUGUGCCGGUGCUGACCUCGCCCGGGGGAGACGACCCGAUGAUCCAGUAGGGGGCGCUGUACGACCGGCAGCCUUCUUAGUUUUUACGUUCAUGACGGUAGGAAGUAGCAGAUACUAGCCAGGUGUUCAUAUAAUGGAUAUUGUAUCACAGUGGUGUGCGUUUUACAAUAGAAUCCCACGGCUUUGACACUUUGAGUUGCGGAUACUUAUUAGUCUUUUGUUAUUUAAAUGGGAAACCAGAAGCAGCAUAAGCACAUCUUCAUGGAAGUGUAACCCUGAGAAUGUCUGUUUCGUGGAUUUCCUUUGUGUCCACAGGAAGGCCUCAUCAUGAGGUUUGAAAGAGGAGUCUAGAUGAGCGGGCUCAUUUUAUGCAUCAGCCGCGCUAACUAAAAGGAAUUCAAUAGAAUUAGAGAAUUUGAAACACUAAACAUAUAGAAUAUAGUCCUUAAGGGAUAUUUCACAGCUAGGCAAGUCUACAUGUAAAAUGAUGCGCAGGUACACUGUAUAGUUAUUUACACACUGAAAGACGCGAGACGUGACAAACUGUACUUUGUGUUUAUUUAAGAAAAAAAGGGGCACAUUGCAUUAAUUUAACUUUUUUCAUAACCACAGCUUUUAUUGUAGGUAAUUUCAUUAUUUCUUCAAUGCAUAGUUCAAAGUAUGAAGUUAGAUAACAAUUUUGCGAUAGUGCUAGUAAGCUUACCAAAUGUAUUCACCUAUUAACUGCCAAUUGAAUCUUAAUACAGGGUCAGUACACUGCUUAAGUCAGGAGCAAUUAAUCAACUCAAACUUUAAUUUAAGCAAUUGGUACUUAUAAUAGUGCUAUAAACAUUUAAAUGACACGUAAAUGCCAAUUAAAGGGAAAUUACUUGACCUAUACUUAUCUGCAGAAAUAUUGUUGGCCUUUUUAUAUGUGUUCAAAGUUCUGGUUAAACACCACAAUCACAUUAUGAAUUGUAAGGUUUAUGGGAUGUUGAAAUGAGUGGUGAGACAAUUUCAAUAAUGUUCAUUAUUUAAGCACAAUAAUUCACAUGAUGUAUGUGAAAGGGUUUUGUGUAUAAAUGAUGAAGAGAGUUAUAUGUUGUGCUCUCGACAGGAUAGUAUUUUAUUUAGUUGCUCAUUUAUAAAAAGGUAAACAACCUCAAUUAAAACUAUUUUUUCUAAGCGUGAAAGGAAAGAAUAUUUUUUUUUACAAGUCUUAAGGGACAUUUGAAAAAGGGAUAUUUUGUAUGUUAUGGCAUCAUUUGCAUUCAAGAGAAAAGCGUGCAUUAAAACUUGAAAGUAAUAAUCAAAAGUCAAUUAGAAGUCAAUCACAUCUUAUUUUGAACCGUCAAAUGUUUGUUUGUUUGUGUCUGUAUGUUUAUUUAAGAGUUUGACAUCAGGGAAAGUAAUUAUGUGCAAAUAAAUGGAAAGACUGUCUGUAUGCAUAUCUUUAAAUCGUGGAAUUUCCAGUCAGAGAAAUACAUUUUUGUAGAAAAGUAGAGGAGCAUGUUAGAAUGCUUGCCCUCACUCAUCAUUCCUGUUUCAGUUGGAAGUCAAACAUUGCACAUGGCUAUGCUGCAGUUGUUUUGUUGUAGCGUGAACUCAGCUCUGAAUACUGUUUGCUGAAUACAUGGUGUCGUCGCUCUGAUACAUUAGUACUGUAGCUGUUGAAAUGGUCUUGAGUCUGAAUGGCAGCAGACCCGCUGUGUCACCUUGAUGUUCUACAGGCCUGCUUUAUUUGGAUCCGUUGAUGUCGUGUUUGUGUUUAAGACUUAUGGUUUGUAGGUAGACGGAGGUGCUGUGAAUCCAUGCCAUAAAUGUUCUUUAAGCACCAACUGGAUGUCUGUUAUGUGGAGGGCCAUUAUGGGUCUCAUAUAGUGCUUUACAUACCACCAACCUUAAAAUAUGAGGCAUAUGCAUAAGUUUUUAUUGUCGCGAUAAGAAUUGUUGUUGUUUUAUCGGUUUGUGGAUCAGAGUAGCAUAUGCAUCUGCAAACAUUUCAGCUGUGUUAGAUAUACUUUCAGUGUUUGUCGUUGUGGAGUUAGUCUUAAAAAGAUGGACAUCUGCAUACUGUAUACAGUGAUAAGUAUAGUAAGACACUGCAAUAUCAUUAUUGUUCAAAUAAAAAUGUACAGGACAUGGAUAGACAAAAUGUGAAUGCAAAUAGCUUAAGUAAAAUACAAUAAAAUGAAUUGAAAGAUUGUUGUCGUCUGUCUUUUUUUAUGU